CACAUGUACAAGUAAAAGUAAACAGAAACCAAAUUCUUUGCAGUAACAUUAGAAGAAAUAAGUAGAGAAUAAAAAUAAUAAUAGUAAUGGAUUUUGAAUCUAUUAGUUUUAUCCCAAAAUUAGCUUUUGAUUAUUUAUCUGAUGUUGACAGGUGUUACAAAGAAAGAGGAUCUUUUGGGGAAAGAGAUCUGGAAAAUUUACACUCAUUUUUCGGAGAUACAUUAGUUCUAGCCACAGAAUUAGUAGAUAAGUGUAAAAUAAUAGAGUACAAGUUGCAAGAUGGUAUUAGAAACGUAUUUAAAAUAAUCUCUUAUACUGAUCAAUAUACUCUCUACGACAAUAUUAAUUUUUGUCAUUGUAAUUAUUUCCGAUCACAAGUUUUGGAAGCAAGAGACGCCAUAACAUGUAAACAUGUUUUGGCGGUUCGACUAGGAAAAAUUACUGGAAAAACUACAGAAGAGAUUGUUACACCAUCUCAACUGGUAGAUUUUUUAAACGAACAAAUCAAUUAUAUUGGCUAUAAUAAUGAAUAUUGAAAAUUAAAGAUUUUUAAAAAAAAA